AUGAAGUCGCCCUACAAACAAGAUCUUGUGGAUUACAGCAAAUCUUCUACCAAGCGCAAGAAACCCUCUCAGACUUCCUCCACUCCCAACACUCCCUCCGCCACCGUUACCUAUUCAACAAGAACAUUCAUCCCUUGGGAAGAGCAGAGGCUUCUGGGAGAAAAGUUCAGGAGUGUCGGUGAGGGAGCCUGGCCAGCAACAAGAAUCUCAGACGAGCGGGCUCAGGGCAAGAGGAAACAGUACCUCGUCGAGUGGGCAGAACAUCCACUCACUGGAGAGAAAUUUGCACCAACUUGGACUGCUGCUAGUGGUAUCGCUGCCGAUUUGUUAAAGCUCUGGAAGAAUAGAGAGGCCAACCAUAUCGACAAACCCCAGAAGAAGCCCGCUGUCAAAGUUUCAGGAGCCUCCAGUACUGGCAAGCCAAAUAGAGAGCCUGCUUUGAAUGGUGAAAAGCGACGAACAAAAGCAAUUCACACAAUCAGCGACUCAUCAUCCAGUGAGCCGGCUGCUCAGAGUCCUGCGCGCCCAUCGCUCGAGAUUACAUUGCCAAAAUCAGGUCAGGAACCGACUCCAACAAUUCCGCGAAUCAAGCUUCGCUUGACGGUACUCAACAGCCCUGCUUCAUCACCAUUGGAGAUCCCGGAAACACAGUUGGACCGUCAACCAUCAUCGCCCACUCCCUUCUCGAUCGUUAUUCCUUCGGUACCUCUUGAUAGUGCAGAUUACCAAACUUUGCGUAGCAGUCAGAUCAAUUCCCAAGGUGGCAUCAACUUCUCCCCUUCACCAAGAUCUCCACUAUCUACCUUCCGACCCAAACCUGCUCAGUCUUCUGGCACAUCUGAGGCGGCGGUAGCCAAGGCUUCCCCUGUGACGACCAGAAAACCAAUUGUCCACAACACGACUACUCAGAACUUGCAAUCCGGUGUUGAGUUAUCUUCUUCAUCCUCGGUGAUUGUUUGUGGUCCUCCGCCUCUGAUUAGCUCUGUCGAAUCGGCCGCUUCGUCAGAGCCAAUUCAGCUUACGACUCAAGCCGUUUCUUCAUCAGAACCAAGUGACUUUGGUGCCCCGGCUUAUAUUCCCAGUACAGAGCAACCUUCAGUGCAGGGUCGAAAGCGAAGCAUUGAAUUGGGACCCGAACCUGGUUCCCGUCGAGGACUAUCAAUUGCUGAUCUUAUUUGUCCUGAAACAAAUCCUCAGCUAUUGGUUUCACGAAAGUCUGCCCUCCAAUCAGAUUCACAGGGUUCAAUCCCGCUAAAUACAUAUCCCCAGGCACAACAGACUCUACAAUCUUCCAAUCAAGGAAGCUCGGUCCAUCGUUCACCGGCAGGCGAAGGUGCUUCUCCUUGGCAAUUUCGUACACAGUGUCCGGUUGAAGAGACGCCAGCUAAUCAGCCCAGUUCAGUCAAAGUCUCCGACUUAGUUUCAUCUGUUGGUGAAGGUCAGCUUCCACUGUCCACGCCAUCCCCUCGUUCAGGGAGACAGGCUCUACAAGCCACUGAGAUUCCCUCACCUCUGCGAGAAAAACUUCGUCAACUCAACGAAAAUAUCAUUCGAACAUCUGAUUACUCACGCCGCUUGUCGAGAUCACGAACUAGUAGCGCUAGCUCGGGGGAACUUAGGCAUCCUGACGAGAUGGACCAUUCAGCAUCCUCGAACACCACUUCCCCGGCUGCUCCUAGUGGAUCCCGAGCUCCUACUUAUGACAUCGCGAUGGGCAGUGCGCUGCCGAUUCAAAACUCCAUUGAAGAUGGACAAUUACUCAAUGACGACCAGGAAUCUGAUGGCUCCAAGGGAAGCUCAAGCCAGUCACUCGAGAGUGAGCGUGACAUCCCUCAAGUCAAUGGUCUGGUGAUUCCUAGCGUACCAUUACUGGGGCCGGACGAAUAUACUCUAGGCCUUUCGGCCGAGGGAAAGAUUCAAUCUGUUUACUCCGACAUCAUCAAAACGAAAAAGAAGGCAAUCCUCAAGUUCAUCAGCCGCCAUGAGGCCAUUGGGUCGGCCAACACAUCUCCGAGUCGGACAAAUGAACGCAAUGAAAUGAGCGAGUUGAUUCAACGUCUGCAUGACACAACGACACACAUGGAUCUUGGUCUUCCUGGGACCCCUACGCAGUAUUCCGUCAACUCAGAAGAACACACAACCUAUGCUAACUAUGCCGGAUCCAAGUUCUCACUGUUGGGCAGUUUAGUCGAGCAACUCAAUAGGACUGAUUGCUCGAUCGCACUUGCCGCCCGGUCAGGCAGGAUCCAAGACCUUCUCGAGCAGUAUCUGUCCACCAAAAAGAUCAACGUCAGGCGGCAUGACAGGGUCAAUGCUCCCAGUUCGCCAGAGACGGAUCGACAACACGAGUUCGAAAUCGAGCUGAUAAGCACAAUGUCGCGUAAUCCUGUCACUCUGCAUCGCAAACCCAUAGUGAUGAUCGCAUUUGAUGCUUCUUUCGACGCUCAGGAUCGUGAAAUCAAGAAAAUCCGUGCCAUGUCCUCACCAAAUUCGCCAAAGCUUGUUCCAGUUGUUCAUUUGUUGGUGACCAACUCCUCGGAACAUGUUGAUCUAUGCAUCCCGAAGAGCUUGCCGUCUCCGGCACGUUUGAAAUUACUUGUACGUACAACAUAUCAAGCUCGGGCGAACUUGGGAGGAAAGCAAAGCUAUGUACCCAGUGCUUCAGACGAACCUCAAGGAAGAGCAAUGGACUUCUCCGAUUUGCAGAAGGCCCUCCGAAAAAGCCCAGAGAGGAAGCUUUCUUUGCUGGCUUCGCUUAUCACACUGCGGGCUUUCUCACGAGACUUUGAUACUGAAUGGGGGCCUGGUUCUGUACCGGAAUUGCAGUUGAGUGAGAUUGACGACAUCUCGCCCAAAGUGAGUGGCACCACGACAGCGGCGGAAACACCCAAAGAGCCAUUGCCGCGAUCAAGAACUCCUGCUUCUCGUGCGGACACGCCAUCUGGAAAGAAGAGGCUGCUAGAAGUUGACAACCCGGUUGUCGCUCUAAACAAGCGUCAACGUCUCACGCCAACACCUCUACCAGAAGUUGAAACGACUACUACCCCUGCCUCUCUGCCUUUGUCUGUUGGGGAGCUCAAUAAGAAGCUACGUACCGAGCUCACACAGGAGAAGGAAGCGAGGGAAAAGGCCGAGAAGGAGAGAGAUCAUGUGAAGGUGCAGUCGGAUGAGUGGAGACAAGCUCAUUCGGCGCUUUUACGACGCUAUGAGACACGAAAGACCAAGAGUCAUGAACUUGAAAAGGAUCACGCCACACUCUUGAAGACCAUGGAAAACAAGAAAUUCAAACAGGAUCGAACCAUGGAAGAGAAUGCCGCGCUCAAGGAGAAACUCAAGACCCUGCAACAAGAGCUGAGUGCCAUACGUGAGACAAUCAAAUCCGGUGGUGGUGACGCUGCUAGCACAGAGAUUGCUAGGGAAGAAGCUCGAACUCUGUUGGCCAGAAAUAUGAAUUUGGAAAAGAUUCUCGAAAACACACGCAAGGACUUUGAGUUCACAAGAGAACAAUAUCAAAAUGCGUCCAGCAAGGCAGCCGAGUUUGCAGCUCAAGUAAGAGAUCUUGAGGAGAAGGUCGCGAACUUGUCCAAACAAGCUAGUGAUGAGAAACGCCGUCUCAAAGAGGUCAAUCACCAACAAAGUCUCAAAGAACACUUAUCGAAGAUCGCCGAGUUAGAGCAGGAGAAGAGAACGAAAGACGUACUCUUGAAGAAGCUCGAAGAAGAAAAUCGUCAGCUGAAACGCAAUCGCGGUGUUCAGACUCGUGGUAGCAGUGUUCAGCCCCCUGGAAGUCCAGGUCUCGACGCACCGAGCACCGGUCGUGGUCCGCGAAGUCGUCAAGGCAGUCCUGCGCCCGGCCUGCUUCCGCAUCACGGUAAUGCAGUCACAAAUCGAGGAAGUCUGUUGAGGCAUGAGCGAUAG